AUGUCUCUCGAAGUCUUCCACUUGCACCUCUCCCAGUCCGAGAGAAUCGAGCUGCAAGUCCCUUACAAGUUGCACGUCUUCGAGAGAGAUCCCAAGACGGGCCUCGCCCCGCAAGAUCUGAAGGAAAUUAACCCCGCCGGCACCGCGCCCUACUUCCGCGACACCACUGUCUCACCGCCAGUCGAGAUUUCCGAGUCGGGCGCCAUUGUCGAGUACAUUCUGCUUGUGCACGGCCAGCCCAAGAUCGGCUCCGGAGCCCCCAGACUGCGCCGAUCGCCCGACGACAGAGACUUUGCCGCCUACCUCGAAUGGUUCCACUUCGCGAACGGGACGCUCCAGCCGGCCAUCGGCCGUGCCAUGUCUCUUCUGUUCGCCGGCGCCAACGACAGCCCCUUUGGCAAGCGCAUGGACGAGAAGAUCCACAGCCAUCUGAAGAUGCUUGACGACCGGUUGGCGAGCAACAAGUGGUUGGCGGGAGACAACUUGAGUGCCGCCGACAUCAUGACCGUCUUCAGCCUAACGACCAUGAGAGGGUUCUAUCCGGUCCUGGACCUGACGCAGCACAAGAACGUCCUCAGGUACCUGAAGGAUGUUGCUGAGCGACCUGCCUACCGCGAGGCGUUGAAGAAGGGCGACAAGGGAAUGGAGCCGAUGAAUGGUCCCAAGGUCAAGCCCUUCAUGCAGUUUGAGUCUUUCGCCCACUUCUUCAAGGACUUGCAAUAG